AUGACUUCCAUAACGACAACGUCAGGAUACUAUACUCAUGAAUCACCUCCAUCACCUCCUGCCACAGAACAAGAGAGAGAAAGCAUCCCAUCUUUGGCUAGAGAGGCAUUCGAUCUUUUAUCACAACAGGAAUCCAAGAUGAUGGAGCUCGGCGACUUUAUAGCUGAAUUAAGAGACUUGGACCUUCGCACGGUUGUGAUAGAUGAAGUCAUGGGGUAUAUCACUUCGAAUGGAUGGGUUCAACUUUGGAUAUGGAAAGGUACUGAAGAAACUUGGAUUAGUAUCGUAGAGUCAAAGUCGAGAUCAGAGUCGAGAUCAGAGUCGAGAUCAGAGUGA